AUGCGCGACGGAGCCAAGCUUUACUGCGACAUCUACCGCCCGGCCGAUUCGGACGAGAAGAUCCCCUGCUUGAUCAUGUGGUCGCCGUACGGGAAACGCUACUCGUCCAUCAACAUGUUGCCCGUCACGACCUGGCGCUGCGGCAUCCGCUCGUCCGACUUGAGUGGUUGGGAGAAGUUCGAGGGACUCGACCCUGCGACGUGGUGCCCGCGCGGAUACGCCAUCGCAAGUAUCGACACUCGCGGCGCAGGCAACUCGGACGGCUCGGUCCAGAUCAUGGGCCAGAACAUGGGAGAGGACGGCUACGACGUCGUCGAGUUGCUCGCGAAGAAGGACUGGUGCAACGGGAAUGUCGGUAUGGCGGGCAACUCGUUCCGCGCCAUCUCGCAGUGGCACAUCGCAGCGCAGCAGCCCCCCUCGCUCAAGGCUAUCGCGCCCUGGGAGGGAUGCGGCGACCUCUUCCGCGAGCAAUUCGUCCGCGGCGGCGUCUUCGAAAUCUCGAACGUGCACCUGAUCAACAAGCUCAUCAUCAAGGGCAACAACGGAACCGAGGACUUCUUCGAGAUAUCAAGAUCCCUGCAGAAGAUCCACCCAUGGCUCGAGGAUUUUGGCCUUGGCUACAAGCGUGACGACCCUUCAACCAUCAAGGAGGAGUGCUUGCCCAUCAUCCACCAGAAGGGACUCCUCCAAGCGUACGGGUUUCCUCACGAGAGCUUCACCUGGGGCGUCCGCUCCGAGCCUGGCGUGAUCGGGGUCUUCGAGAAACUCUUCAAUACCGAAGACCUCCUCGCCUCAUUUGACGCUGUCAACGUCUCGCUUCCUAACCGCCGCGACCUUCCUCCCGUCAAGCCUUGGGCACACCAGGAUCAGGACCCGCUCCGUCCUGGCUUCCGCUGCAUUCAGGGAUUCGUCAACCUCAACCCUUGCGGCGACAACGACGGAGGACUCAUGGUCCUCAAGGGCGGCCACCUCAUCUCGAAGGAGUACCACGAGACAUUCAAAAACGAGGAGCAGGAGUUCCGCUGGACGAACGAGAUGUACCUCUUCACGGACACCGGCUUGAAGUGGCUCGAGGAGAAGGGCCUCGAUCUCCUCGGUUCGCAAAGAAAGGAGAGGGGAGUGCCCGCACUCUCCACCUGA